AUGAAUGCGUUUCCCCCUGAUGUCGUUCAACAUGGCAUGAAUCCACUGCUCCGAAACACUAUUAAUGAAGCCGUAAAGAUUCUUCUUUAUUCAUCGCGACAUGGUGAUCGUGUUCGAGUGAAUACAAUGUCGUCACAUGAAGAGCUCGUCGAUCCGCUCUACUCGAAAUCGUUCAAAACUGCUCACGAAAGAAGUCAAGACUCAGUUUUAAUGCUGGCAAUGCAAGCAAUUUCAUAUCUGAUACGGUUGCAAGAGAUUCCUCUAGACACAUGGGUAAUGCUCUAUUACCUCAAGAACUUUCUCUAA